UUUUUCCCCACACAAUCGGUAAUGUGUAAUCCAGCUACUGUAAUAGCCCAACUGAUUGAAAGAGGAAUGUGUACUGUACAUCUUUCCCAACUACCUAUAAAGUACAGGUUAUGUAUGUUGACCUGCCUCAAAUUAACUGUUUACAUAUUCAAGGCUGAUUCACCAGCCAUCUGAGGGUCAAAUUCAUUUGAUUGUCUUAGUCGGGGAGCUGAAAAUCCUAGUAAGAUAUCUCUUGGAACUAAAUCCAAAAUUGGCGUUUCCUUUUGAUUAUGCAAAAAGCAAAUGAUCAAAAUGCAGUUACCACUUUAUUACAAACCUCACAUCAAAAUGACCUGUUUUUUAAAUAAAGGGCCAGCAUGUGAACAGUCAGUGUUUGCCAUUGUGUAGUCACUUGACAAAAUAAUUAGGAAUCCUUCCAAAGUGCCAAAAGCAAACGAUCAAAUACACUGUUAAUUAAUAUAAUAUAACAUGUUUCAAGACUUUUAUAAUUGAGAGUGGCAGUUCCUCACAUGACAACCAUGGACAAACAUGUAAACAUGCAUCGAGUUGUAUGACAGUGGCAGGUAAUCUUAAUAUGUAUAAAGGUAUUUCACUUUCUAUUUUAUUGGUCCUGCUGUAGGUCUGUCUUUCUAUGAAUGGAUACUCUGUGCUAUAGUCAGGGUUGCCAGGUCUGUGUGACAAAACCAGCCCAAUAUCAGAACUCAAAAUAUGCCCGUGCCAUACCAUAUACACUGCUUUUAAAGUCCAACAGCAUUGCUAUCAUUGUCAAAUGUAUUGUAAUAUCUACAAAGUAACACAAAAUGUUUAGUAUGCCAGCAUUAAAAGCAGUUUUCCCUAAACCGUUAUUUCACCUAGGUGCGUGUGUGUAUGUGGGCGUGUCCCAUGUCCAUGUGUGUACGUGCUGAUCUGGAGUCAGUUUGGUAGGAUUUAGGUAUAAAUAAAUUAUUUCAUUUAAAAUAUGGAUAUUUAUUUAAAGAUUUUCAUGUAAUUUGCAUACAAAAUAGGUCUACCCGAACCAGCGGACAAAAAAUUCAACCCGCGGCAACACUUCAAAAGUAGCCCAAUUCCGUGGGAAAACCGCGGACCUAGCAACACUGGCUAUAGUCCUUCGAGCUAUAAGACACCUCGUGCGCGACUGUUUCAAUUCAAGUGAAGUUACAAGGUUUUUAUUUGUUCUAAGUUUCACAUUUAGUCACUUUCAAAGCAGGAAUAAAGGUGUGGUCUGAGAAUAGGGGCAGUCCCUUCUCAGUAGAAUACUUCUCGCCGUAACAGAUCAGAAGACUGAACCUUGUUGGAUCCCGCCAUCGCAAAAUGCAUCUCCUCACACUGAUCUUUGGGAUUGUUCUUCUACCUAAAGCCCACACACUGAAAUGUUAUGAGUGUGCCGCGGGAACCCCAGAAAACUGCAAAGUCAGCGAAUGCCCGUCGACAGGUCAACAGUGUAGUGCAUUGCGUUUGACUUCCUAUGCAGGUGGUUCAAAACUUGUUGAUGUCAAAUCCAAACGCUGUGCUUUGACCGCCGAGUGUGUUGAGGCCUCACUCAACUUCGGAAUCUCUAAAGUCUUAAUUAACAGCAUGUGUUGCAACGCCGACCUCUGCAAUCAAAAAAUUGCGCUUGUGUCCAUCCAAUCAAUUCCAAAUGGUAACAAGUGCUUCCAAUGCAAAGGAAAAGAGUGCACCGCAACUCUAAACUGUGAGGGAACUGAGGACCACUGCAUCUCAGCCAAAAUGAAUCUCGGAGGUGAAUCUGUGACCAUGAAGGGCUGUGCCUCCAAGCUUAUGUGCUUACCUGAAACCAAAAAGACUUCAGGAUUCAUGAGCGCGGAAAUAAGCUGCUGUCAGGGGAAUUUCUGCAACAGCGCCGGCAGCACAAGAGCUGGCCUUCUGCUCCUGGCGGCACCGCUGGUCUCUUUGGUCGUGCUCUCUUAAAUGGUUGUCAGCAGCAUAAUGUUUAUUACAAUUGUCAAGAAUAUUUUGAUGUCAUUAAUAAAAAAUGUUAAAAGCUUUGUA